GGACAUAGGGGGUGGCCGAAGGUAUAUGGUCGCCUUUAGCACGUCGUUGAGCUCCCAGCCUAAAAUUUGAUCUUCAAAUUUGCUUAGUUUUAGCUUAUGAAUAAUGGUGAUGGUGGUUUUUGCGUAAAUCUCUUUCUCUCUGUCUCUACUCCGCCGUUCUCAGAUCCAGGUGAUCUGAGCCCGUCGACACGGUCGCCGCCGUUUCGUUCCGAUGUCGGUAGCGAUCAGUGAGAGAUGGAGAAUCUAAUCUCUCUAGUGAACAAAAUCCAGAGGGCUUGCACGACUCUCGGCAACCACGGCGAAGCCAGCGCGUUGCCUACUCUUUGGGACUCUCUCCCAGCGAUCGCCGUCGUUGGUGGCCAGGAAUUGUUACUCAGCAUCCUCUUGUGUUGCAACUUCAUAAGAUUUCUGAAGGCAACAGAGAAUAUGCCGAGUUUCUCCAUCUCCCAAGAAAAAGAUUUACUGAUUUUGAUGUUGAUUAUAUCUGUGAGGCACCACUCCUCUAGUGUUCCAAUUCAUCUUAGCAUCUAUUCUCCCAACGUUGUCAACUUGACCCUUAUUGAUCUUCCCGGGCUUACAAAAGUAGCAGUUGGCUCUUCAUCCUCUCAUGGAAUCCCCACUGCAAUUGGAUCAAGAAGAGUAGGGUCUCCCCAGAUGCUCCAAGAUGCGGUUUUAGCUCCAAAGUCGUUAAUGCCUUUAAAGAGGAGAAUGUGAGUUUUAGCUCCUUUGACAUCUCAACUGAUGAGGAAGUUAGACAGGAGCUGAAAGUCUUUUCAAACUGGCCAACCUUUCCACAGCUUUAUUACAAAGGGGAGCUCAUAGUGUUCCGAUGCUAUGAUAUGGAUUUCCGAUAUAAUUAAUGUUUCAUACUCCAAAUUUUGAUAAAUCUUAGCUACCAAUUAGUUUUGCUGCUUGGUUCUUUUUGUCGUAGCUUAUGUAGUUAUGGAUAUAUAUGUUUGCAAGAACUAUUCCUUUCUGAAAUGAUAUAUCAAUGUGUGUAUUUACGUGUGUGUGUGGAUAUGAAUGUGUGUAUUUUGAAAUGAUAUUUUCAUUUGCUCUUUUUUCUUGU